AUGCGAGAGAAAUUCCGCAUUCCUGGUGACGUUAAUAUCGGUUGGAUACCUAAGGGAGCGGAUAUGUACACAAGGGUCGGAAUCCCGGAGGGAGCUCUAAUGCUUUCACCAUCCCACCUAGAGUUUAUUAGGUGGCCUCAAAUGGGGGGUGUCACUAGGCUUCUUAGAUUUCUUCUACCACCAUUAUGUUGCCACAUGUCCAACCCAACCUGUUUGGAGAUUGUCCUUACUCAUGAGUUAAUCCAGUGGCUGAACCGCCACUUGGUGGGUCAAGAUUGGGACGUUCAGUACUUCCUCUAUCCCAACACGCUUCUUCGCAUUUCUCAAGAUCGGGAUACUUUAAUCGAGCUCUCCAAUUCGAGGAGGAUUCCUCGCAUCGCAUCCGAAGGAGUUGCGCAAAGAGAGGCUGAAGAGGAAGAAGAUAGCGGUGGUUAUUCUCCUGACGACUCCGAGCUAUCUAUCAUGUCGGUUCCAUUACCCAACCCAUCGAAACGUGCUUCUCGACCAGGUCCAGGGCAGAGACCAUCCGUUGAUCAGCAGACAAAAAGGUCCAAGCGUGUUCCAGAUGCGGGGUUGAGUUCAAAUCCUUCAGAUGCGUUCAUUCUAGUCAUUCCUACUGAUGGUGAGAUAUGGAGACCCCGGUUUCAGAAGUUAGACAGGAAGCGUCUUAUGACAAAUGAAGGACUCUUGCAUGAUCCCGAGGCAUGCGACACCGUUUUGGGUGGCCUCUUUCACCCACAAGACAUUAAAGAACUGACGGACUUGGAUGAUCGUGACAUUGCGCUCCAACAAGGUCACAACUUAAUCUCGAUGGCCGAACUUCGCUUGGCCCGUGAGGCUGCAUCAGUGAAAGAGAAGGGUGAGAUUUCCCGUCUUUCUGACAAAAUCGACGUCCUCAGCCUUGAAUGCAAGAACACUUUACUGGAAAUGGAUCAGUUGAAGAAUGAUGUGGGACGUGUUGGAAAGGAGAAGAAGGAUCAGUACGAUGCAUGUUGCGCUCAAAUUUUCAAGGAGUCCGCCAAACAAUUUCGGUUCGGCUGGGUGCAGGGGCAGCAACCUGCCCACCAUAGGGUUGUGGCAGAUCCUGACGCCUACGAGGGAGAGAUGGGAGUUGGUGUUGCAGACUACAAGUUCAUAUUCGGGAUGAUCCCUACAGACAUUCCUACUUCUGGCUCUGCAAAGCACCAUGCGCCUCCCGACUCUGGUGAUGUUGUGCCGUACACCACGAGCCAUGACAUUUCCGUUUGUGAUACGAGAUCGGGGAGUAGGCUUUUAGGUUGA